UUGGCUCGCUGGAUGGCUUGUUAUAUUUCCCGUAUUCAAGACAAACCGGGAAGAGCCACUGCAAUGUCACUCAGGCAAACGGAUCUCAUAUCAUAGCCACAAAAAGGAGUGAAGAACACAUUGCAUACUAUAGUCUGUAGUCAAGAAAAUGUAGUUUCAGGUUCAGUCCCAUUGUGUAACAAAAAUGUUACGAAUGGCUGUGAAUGGAAUCAGGACAGUGUAUCCCCAUGAAUCAAAUUAAGCGUUAGGUUCGAAAUUCCCAUACAAGUAAGUUCAACACAAGACACCUGAAGAAGGCUGGAACAUACAACAGCCAAAACGUAGUGAAAGCAACAACCAAGAUGAUGACACCUGAUCGACUAAUAUAAAAACUAUACUUAUUCAUAUUGGCAUUUGUGGUCGUAAUUUUUGGUAUGGGAAUUGCGCAGCUGAGAGAGUCACGAACGUUUACGGAUACUUCUACACCGGAAUAUAUAGGAAGGAUAAAGUUUCCAGGAUAUUUCCGAACUGAAGAAGAACAAAAGGAAUGGGUGAAUAUAUCCAAGAAACAUGAUGUAGGAAGCGUAUGUUGCAAAUCAAAUGUUUCUUGGACAACUCCGAUUCAAAUGGAAGACAUCACAGGAAGUAUGCGAGACAUUGCACAAUACCAAAAUCUGAAACAAUUUUACUAUACAAAUCAGUGCAAACAAAUAACUGGUUGUGAGAUGUGCACGUGCGAGACUGAGAAACAUCUCAUUUCCAUGGUCUGCGAAAACAUCAGCGAGGGUGAAGUUCAUUAUUUUGUCGGAAGGUUUCCUGUUGAGCAAUGCUGCGUAUGUGUACCUAACAACACAAGUAAUACAUAAUGUUUUACCUCGUCUUUUCAUACCUCUUCCCACUCCAUCCUCUUUAAACUAAAUUACUGUCUUUUUCCCUCAUCCUUCACACUUUCGCCUUCCGUCACACAGUAACUUUGCUCUUCUCUUUCUUACUUUUCCUUCCUUUCCUUUAAAUUUUCUUUUUAUCGGGAUAUAUUUUUAUCAUUUUUCCCCCUCAUUCUAAGCUCAAUUGCAUUUCUUAAUCUUUAAUUUAAAUUUUGGCUUCUUUUAUAUUCUAGUUUUAUUACUUGUUAUUUCUCAUGCUUGACAUAGUCUGUAUCAUCCUGUUAAUUUUUCAGUCGUAUCUACACCAUAACUUUUACAUAAUGUUUUUCGAAUCAAAUAUUACUUAUAUAUAUAUUAUAUAUAUAUAUAUAUAUAUAUAUAUAUAUAUAUAUAUAUUAUAUAUAUAUAUAUAUAUAUAAUAUAUAUAUAUAUAUAUAUGUAUGUAUAAUUCUUUCCGCCAUGGUCAAUCGGACAUGUCUCUCACUGUAAACCACUGCUUUAUCAAAAGUUGCCCAAUCUGCGUUAAAUGCUUAUUCGUUGAAACUGCUAUCCAUAGACGCUUAUAGAUAUUCACAAUUAAUUAAAACUUUCUUCAUUAGUGUUUUGUCAGAACUGCCUGAUAAACAGUCAUGUGUAACUGCGAGUAACAAUUUGUGAAGUUUUGGUUGGGUUUAAUAAAAUUGUAUUCCACUCUA